AUGGCGGUGCCUAAGGUUCCUGAUGAGGAUGAAUGUCUCGAUGUUUUUUGUACGGACCUGCCACCGGAGCUUGUCUGCCACAUCACCGACGGCCUUGAUGACCUCAAGUGCUACGCGAGUGUGCGGGGCGCCUGCACGAGAUGGCGUCGCACGCUCGCGCCGCCAUCGUCGUCGCUGCUCAUCGACCAUGGCGACGACCCUGCCAAGCGCUGCACCGCCGCUGCCGUCAAGCGUCGUACCACCACAGCCUCAAUCCUCGCGCGUCGCUCCUUUGAGCUCAAAGCCAUCCCUUCGGGCAAGACUUGUCUCGGUUGUUGUAGCGGAUGGCUCGCCCUCUCCGUCCACAUUGAUGACGUCCGUAGCCUGCUCAGCCUCUUCCACCCCAUCACAGCCGCUGAGAUCCUCCUACCCCCGCUUGUCUAUGACAGGCGCCUCGUCUCCAAGAUCGUCUUCACGCCCAACCCUACCACUGACGACUUCGUGGCCGCUGUGAUCUGUGACAUCAAUAGGGUUGCCUAUGUCACCGCAGGGGCCAGGAGGUGGGCCAUCCUCGACUCCAUCCGCCUCACCGCUGGAGACCAGCUCGCCGACCUCCUCUACCACGAAAAUGGUAGGGUCUACUGCCUCACUCGGUUUGGAGAUGUUCAUGUGCUCUUCCUACCACAGCGCCGCCGCUGGGAACCUAUCAUCCUCGAGGGCGACAAAUCAGCAUAUCCUGUAGUGCAUAAUAGGAAAAUCAUCCAGAUGCAUGGGAUAGGGCCGGAUCUAAAUGCACCGGCCACCAUUAAGGCAUUGUUGUCGUCUGUGGGAAGCAACCUAUUGUUCGACGCCACCACUAGUUUCGCCCCGCCAUACGACACAAUCUCGACACAAUCCCGAGGGUGCCUUCUACUAUAUGGAGAUCGCCGAUGACCAGGAGUAGUUAGGAGGUCCCAGCCAGGAGGUCUUGCCUUUUCCAUCGUAGUUGCUUUUGUGUUGGCCUCCUUAAGGCAGUCUUGUUUAACUUGUGUCUAUACUCAGAUAUUGUUGCUUCCGCUGACUCUUGUGCUUUCGA